AUGUCUACUCCGAUUGACUGGAUACGCGGAAGCGUGGCUUCACCUGCCCAAUUGUAUUCUGUCACCGACCAAUCCAAUCUCCAAUUAUGCCAGUACAACGAUUGUCGGAUAGUGAAUUGGCAGUUAUCUUCAUCGUACAAUCUCCUCUAG